AUGACUGAGAUGACAGACCGGAAAGUCGAAGACAAUGCUGUCUCCGGCGAACCCCAGAACAAGCGUAUUGCAGAUUUUGAUCCCCCAGAGAAACCCAAUGCAAGCAAGUUCGCUAUUGCCUGCGCCACUUUGGCUUGCAUGACUUCAAUCUUAUUGGGUUAUGAUAUUGGUGUAAUGAGUGGGGCGAAUAUCUUUAUCAAAGAUGACCUCAAAAUAACCGACGUCCAAGUUGAAGUCCUUGCGGGCACUCUAAACAUCUACUCCCUCAUCGGCUCCGGCUUGGCUGGCGUAACCUCUGAUUGGAUCGGCCGUCGGUACACCAUUGUCCUAUCCGGAACCAUCUUCUUUAUCGGAGCUAUCCUCAUGGGCGUCGCCCCUGGCUAUGGCUUGCUCAUGUUCGGCCGAUUCGUCGCUGGAAUCGGCGUUGGAUACGGUCUCAUGAUCGCCCCUGUCUACACCGUCGAGAUCUCUCCAGCGUUGUCUCGUGGCUUCCUCACAUCUUUUCCAGAGGUGUUUGUCAAUGUUGGCAUAUUAUUGGGGUACGUAUCCAACUACGCCUUCUCCAAGCUCCCAGUUCACAUGGGAUGGAGGUUCAUGCUUGGCCUUGGGGCAGUUCCCUCCAUUGUUCUCGUCGUCGGCGUUUUAGCCAUGCCUGAGUCCCCUCGCUGGCUCGUCAUGAAGGGGCGACUCGGGGAUGCUAAGCAAGUCCUCAACAAAACCUCAGCUUCUAAGGAAGAGGCUCAGCUCAGGCUAGAAGACAUCAAAGAAGCCGCAGGCAUCCCCAUGCACUUAAACGACGACAUCGUUGAGGUGCCGAAACAAAGCCACGGCGAAAGCGUGUGGAAACAACUUAUCCUUCAUCCCACACCAGCCGUUCGCCACAUUUUAAUCGCAGCACUAGGUAUCCACUUCUUUGAACAAGCCUCGGGCAUAGACUCUGUCGUUUUGUACAGCCCAAGGAUCUUUGAGAAGGCCGGGAUCCAAUCCUACAACCACAAGCUACUCGCAACCAUAGCCGUUGGAGUUGUCAAGACCCUUUUCAUCUUGGUCGCCACAUUUUUACUUGAUCGGAUUGGGCGACGCCCGUUGCUUUUGAUCAGCAUGGGUGGAAUGGUAUUUUCUCUUGGCUUUCUCGGUGCAAGCCUUACCGUCAUCGAUCAGAGCCAAGGGACGGUCACAUGGGCCGUCGGAUUGUGCAUCACCAUGGUGUUAUUCAAUGUUGCGUUUUUCUCUAUUGGGUUGGGGCCCGUCACAUGGGUCUAUACUUCUGAGAUCUUCCCGCUGAAGUUGCGGGCACAAGGGUGCAGUAUGGGAGUGGCCAUCAACAGGGUGACAAGCGGAAUCAUCUCCAUGACUUUUAUUUCGUUGUACAAGGCCAUCACGAUUGGUGGAGCCUUCUUUCUUUACGCAGGAGUUGGAGUAGUGGCUUGGAUCUUCUUUUACACAAUGCUUCCGGAAACACAAGGCAGAACCCUUGAAGAAAUGGAGGUCUUGUUUGGUAAAUACCAUAAAUGGAAAGAAGCCAACGCCAUGCUCAAGAAGCGCAAGCAAGGUGAUCGUGUUGAUGGUGACGAAAUCAAAAGUCAAGUCAACUAGGACUAAAAGCAGGGCCGGCACAAAAUUGGUCUAUUCCUAUUUCAAGUUAUUUGUUGAGAGUUCAAAAAUACAAGGGCCCAAAUAAAACCCACUUCAAAUCUUUAACAGUACA